UUCAAAACAAGAUAAACAAACACGAAAACUUUUAUUUUAUUUAUCAAAAUAUUAAACUUUAAAUGAUUACCUGUUUAUAAUGGAAAAACCAGACGAGAAUGGCUUUGUUACAGUAAAUUGGCCCAGUAAAAAUGUUCCCCACGGAGGGGUGUUUCAUCAUCCAAUCGUCGAGCCGUCGGAAGCCAAACAAAAAUUGUUAAAAGUUCUACUCAAUGAAUCGAAGCUAACCGUCGCACAGAGACAGAAGUCUAAAUGGGAGAACAGCUUGCGCACUGAAGACCCUCCUCCGAGGCGUCACCAGGCGUCCAGCGCAGCCGCACCGCUGGUGAGGCCGCGCACCUCGCGCCGAAGGUCCCUGUCUACCAUACGAGAGUCUGGUGACUAUGAAGUUGAAGGCUUCAGGCCACUGAAGCGCGGCGGCGACAGAGAGAAGCUGAAGGAGCGUCUGCAGCGAGCUAUGGAGCAUGGGGACACGGAGCUGGUGCAGCCGCCGCCGCUGCGCAAGCCGAAGCCCGCCCCCGCGCUGCCUACUAGGAAGGAAAUGAGGAAUGACUUGCUCACCCAAAUCCGGGAGCGAGCUGAAUGGCUAGCAGAGAUGGAGGAGCUCGGGGCGGCGGCGGCGCACCGAGACGUGGUCAUGGACCAGAUAGCGGAGCGGGUCCGCGGGCUGGACGCGCUGGGCAGCCGGGGCUCCAGCGCGCGGACCACGGGGUCUGCCGGCGCUGUGAGGUGCCGGGAGGUGGUGUUUCCGGAGCCUGGUGUGAGGAGUGCGCGUGAGCGCCCUACAAUGUCAGCGUCCACGGCAUCGAAAUCGAGUUCUAACAGAAGCUCAGCCAGAGGCCGCCGUGGACAGGAAGAAGACGAGAAUGUCUCUUUGUACAGUGAUCUACCCAAGUUGAGGUAUUCGGCGAGACGACGAUGUUAAGUUUUGUUUGUGUUUAUAAUAAAAGUAUUUUUUAAAUUA